GUGGAGAAACCGCGACGGCUACGCCAGCGAAACCAAAGAGCUCGGCGUUGUGAAAGCGCUUCACAGCUACCUCAGUCGGCUCUUCGUCGUAAUCACGGUAGCUGGGUGUGUGGAGGUGUGUGCUGGAAAACAAGCCCGUCCCCCCUCGACGAAUCAAGAUAUCCCGGAAAGAAGAGUGCAGGGGUGUGGUGUGGAAGGUGGCGUGUCAUCGAGGCGAGCGGGGCAGGGCGACAGAGGUUGUACGCCCGGGCUGGGAAAGCAGGAAACAUCGAGGCAUCCGAGGGAAAAGUGCAUGAGAGAGAUUAAGAGGGGAGAAGAGCGGAGAGAAGAACGCGUCCGGAUUUUACAGUUUUAAAAAAAAAAAAGGAAUCGAAAAGGCUUUUGUCUUCUGCGGACUCGAGUUGCAAGCGGGUGCCCCGUUGUGCCGGACGCCAGGCAGCCAGCUAGUCAAAGAAGAAACGGCCGCCACUCAGUUUUCUUGUAGGAGGCUGGUGGGGGUGAAAUGAAGAGAUUUCUCCGUCAAGGGCAGGAAUCCUUGAAAGAUCGGCAGAAGCAGGACCUCUUUCAGUUUAACAAGACAGUGGAACAUGGAUUCCCUCACCAGCCUAGUGCCCUUGGAUUCAGCCCCAGACUCGGACUUCUGGCCAUUGGGACCCGCUCUGGAGCAAUCAAACUCUACGGCACACCAGGAGUUGAGUUUAUGGGUCUACAUGAAGCAAAUGCUGCAGUCCUGCAGAUACACUUCCUAGCAGAACAGGGCCAACUUGUCACACUUCUUGAGGACAACAGCCUUCACUUAUGGAAGCUGCAAGCUCGCAAUGACGUGUCUGAGUUGGCAGAGAAGACCAGUUUCACGUUACAAGGAAAGCCAGGAGCCCUGCCCAGUACUACGCAUGUAACAGCCGUGCUGGCCCACUCCUCCCGAGAUCUCCUGUAUCUGGGCACAGAGGGAGGCCAUGUGUUUGUUGUUAAGACCCCUGACUUUGAAGAACUGGAGGAGCACUAUAUCAGUGUUGAAGACGUUCAGCAGAGGAUUCCAGUGGAAUAUGCAGGAAGGCGGAACCUUGACUACGUCGAGACUUUGACCGAGAAUCCUCAAAAUCCAAAUCAAAUCCUUAUUGGCUAUAGCCGAGGACUCUUGGUACUAUGGGAUGUUAAGAGCAAGACAGCUACUCACUUCUUUCUUGGAAACAAGAAGCUAGAAAGUGUAUGGUGGUGUCACGACGGAGACCAAGUCAUCAGCUCCCACAGCGAUGGCACAUACUGUCACUGGUCUGUUUCCAAAGACCACUCUCAGACAGCACCCGUCAAAAAUGAAAUGCCUUACGGUUCUUUUCCCUGUAAAGCUAUUUCUAAAAUUGUAACGCUUACCACGAAGAAGGGCUCAUCCUUUGUGAUCUUUAGUGGUGGAAUGCCACGGGCGAGCUAUGGAGACCGGCACUGCAUCUCAGUAAUUCAUGGCAGAAACCACGUAGCUUUUGACUUCACAUCAAGAAUCAUCGACUUUGCUGUCAUUUGUGGAGAAAAUUCAGAAUCUCAACAUACUGACCCAGUUGCCUUACUGGUACUGGCAGAAGAAGAACUGGUGGCGAUUGACUUGAAGUCGGAAAGCUGGCCAGCAAUUCAGACACCCUAUCUGGCCCCCCUACACUGUUCAGCCAUCACCUGCUCCCACCACGUUUCAAACAUCCCCCUCAAGCUCUGGGAACGCAUCCGAAGUGCAGGGGAAAAGCAGAACAUGCACUACUCGGACAUGCCGUGGCCUGUGAACGGGGGGCUGAAUGUUGCGCCUGAUCCGCCUCAGAGAGAUUUACUGCUAACAGGCCAUGAAGAUGGCACUGUCCGAUUCUGGGAUGCUUCUGGCGUGUGUCUCUAUCCUAUCUACAAGCUGUCCUCUGCAGGAGUGUUCCUCACUGACUCUGACCCCAAUGACAACAUGAACUCUGCUGGUGAAGGAGAGUGGCCGCCGUUUCGAAAGGUUGGCUGCUUUGACCCCUACAGCGAUGAUCCACGGCUUGGCAUCCAGAAGAUCCACUUGUGUAAAUAUAGUGGCUACCUGGCAAUAGCCGGGACGGCAGGGCAGGUGUUGGUGAUGGAGCUCAAUGAUGAAGAUGCACAGCACAUUGUCGGCAACACGCUGGCAGAUCUGCUUCAGGAUCGGGAAGGGUUCAAGUGGAAGGGACAUGCCCAGCUGAGCAGGCGUGAAGAGCCGGUACAUUUUCCCCAAGGAUUUCAGCCCUUUGCCCUCGUGCAGUGUCAGCCACCAGCUGUCAUCACCUCCCUCAUUCUUCAUUCGGAGUGGAAGCUCAUCGCCUUUGGGACCAGCCAUGGCUUCGGCCUCUAUGACUACUACCAAAAGCGCAUUGUCCUUGUCAGAUGUACCCUGAACCCUUGUGACCAGCUCGCUUUGGAAGGGCCGCUGUCCAGGGUGAAGUCUAUUAAAAAGUCUCUGAGGCAGUCGUUCAGGCGAUUCCGUCGCAGCCAGGCCUCCGGACGGAAAAGGCCAGUGGGGAAUGCAGCAAAGAUCCAAGAGCUGAAUGCAAGGCUCGAGCAGGAGGCGCUCCAAGAGAUGGAGUUGGCGCCUGUGCAACGGAAAAUUGAGGCCCGCUCUUCUGAUGACUCCUUCACCGGACUUAUACGGACGCUGUACUUUGCGGAUUCCUUUAUUCGGGAUGGCUCACAUCAUACUCCUUCUCUUUGGGCUGGUACAAAUGGUGGCUCUGUCUUUGCUUAUUCACUUCGAGUGCCACCUGCAGAAAAAAGGACAGACAAUUUAGUUAUGGCCGAGCCAGCAAAAGAGAUCCAGUUGAUGCACCGAGCGCCUGUGGUUGGAAUUGUAAUCUUGGAUGGACAUGGCGUGCCCCUUCCUGAACCACUUGAAGUAGCCCACGAUCUUUCUCGCAGUCCAGACAUGCAUGGCUCACACCAGCUGCUGGUUAUCUCAGAAGAACAAUUCAAGAUGUUUACUUUACCCAAAGUGAGUUCAAAAACGAAGCUAAAACUGACAGCAACAGAGGGCUCCCGUGUUCGUAAAGUCUCUGUAGCGACCUUCAUUAGCAGCAAGAUGCCCGACCACAGUGAGACUGGCCUGGCCAUACUCACCAACCAGGGGGAUUUACAUGUCAUCUCACUGCCAGGCAUCAAACCCCAGGUCCACUACAGCUGCAUUCGCAAGGAGGACGUCAGUGGAAUCGCUUCUUGUGUGUUCACUAAAUACGGACAAGGGUUUUACCUGAUCUCCCCCUCGGAGUUUGAGCGUUUCUCCUUGUCAGCCCGAUGGUUGGUGGAGCCGCGUUGCUUAGUGGAAAUUCCUCGUUCUGCUGCUGAAAGGUCUUUGAGGAGGAGAACUGCUGCUGAAGAAUCUCCUGAUGACACAAGGGAAUCCCGACUGCACAGUAACAGAACUACAGAGGACGCAGAGACGUCUCCCGGUGUGAUGGAGCACGCCUUACUCAAUGAUGAAGCAGUACUGAUGGAAAUCCAGACGUCUUUGGAGGGGGACCGAAGGAGUCGAACAGAAAAGAACACAACAAGACCGUCUGGAAAUGUGAAAAUGAUGGCCAAUGGAGAGUAACCGACGCCUUGGCUGCCAGCUUUCUGAUGCCAUAACACUACUGAACGCUGCCCUGAAGGAGGCCCUUUGCUUUCUCUGAUCCCACACAGCAGGAGCCCCUCAGAGCGACCCGCACGCCAGCCUCAGUGCCUCACCAAACGUCCGCGAUACCCCGACAUCCUACCCCCGUACCUGAACCCGGGUUGCAUUAAAAAAAAAAAAAAAAAGUAUAUUUUGCACAAUUUCUCUUGAAUUGCGAAAGGAGGACUUUAACAAAACAAGACUGCGUGUGGCCUGCCAGCGUGUGCCCACCGUCUGUCCGUCCUCACUGCGUUACGCAGCCCGUCUUUUACUUUACCGAUUUUUGAAUUGGGUGUGAUCCGUUUUUUUUUUUUUUCACAAUGGAAAUACAAUUUAGGAAUGUAUCUUUUUAAUAAGAGCGUUUUAGAUAAUUUUUUAAUAUAUGUAAACAAAUUGAUUCAUUUUUACUUGGGCUUUUGGGUGGCUGCUAUACCCUUUUAGUACUCAACAAGGACAUAUUUUGGUACUCUGUAUAAAAUGUGGGUAUUUUAGUGUCACAUAGAUUCUAUUUUUUUUAGUAAACAUGACAAAAAAUUAUAAUUUCACACUACAGCCUACUGAUUAAAAAAAAAAAUAAAUGUUUUAACAGAA